UUGGUGUUUAAAACCCACAGCUGCGCCACAUCAACUCAAAUAUUAACAAGAGCAAUAAGGAGACUGCAAUAUAUUUUUUGUUGUGAACAUUUAGUGUGUGCCUUUAAUAUGGGUAAGGACUAUUACAAGGUAUUGGGUGUGUCGCGGGAUGCAUCGGAAGCAGAAAUUAAGAAGGGCUACAGAAAAAUGGCCCUCAAAUAUCAUCCCGACAAGAACAAAUCGCCCAAUGCAGAGGAUAAAUUUAAAGAGAUCUCGGAAGCUUAUGAUGUGCUUAGUGACAAACAGAAGAAAGAGAUCUAUGACAAGUACGGUGAGGAUGGGUUGAAGGCUGGUGGCGGCGGCGGGGGUGGUGGUGGCAAUGGCGGGGCUCAUUACACCUACCAGGGCAACCCCAGGGAAACUUUCCGAAUGUUCUUUGGUGACGAAAAUCCUUUCGAGAACUUCUUCAGUUUCGGUGGGGGUCCACAUGGCCAAGGGCAAGGGUUCAGAACAUCGCAUUUCGGACCUGGAAUGAGUGGCCAGGAAUCUAUGGAAACCGAUGAUGAUCCCUUUGGAUUUGGAGGGUUUGGUGGUGGUGGUAUGGGGCAUGGUAUGCCUCGCAGAAAACACCAGGACAAUGCUGUUGUUAGAGACUUACAAGUGUCACUAGAAGACAUUUACAAAGGGUGCACAAAGAAACUUAAAAUUACCAGAAAAGUUCUGAACCCUGAUGGUAGAUCAACAAGAAUGGAGGACAAGAUAUUGACAAUUGAUGUAAAGUCAGGUUGGAAAGCUGGAACUAAAAUAACUUUUCCAAAAGAAGGUGACCAAACACCGAAUAAUGUACCAGCAGAUAUAGUGUUUGUGAUAAAGGAUAAGCCACACCCAAUGUUUACCAGAGAUGGUACUGACAUCCGGUACAAGGCAAAAAUUUCCCUAAAACAGGCAUUGUGUGGAACCACAUUACAAGUACCCACCAUAGACGGUCGGAAGAUUCCUCUCCGGUUGCACGAGAUUAUCAAGCCCAACUCCGUAAAGCGUAUUCAGGGGGAGGGCCUUCCUCAGCCGAAACAGUCAUCACGAAGAGGGGAUUUGAUUGUGGAAUUUGACAUUAGUUUUCCUAGCAAGAUGACUUCAAGUGCCAAAGAAAUCUUAUCAGACUGCCUGCCAGAUUCUUAGAGGCUUGGAAUACAGUGUUGCAUACAUCGUUCAUUUCUUUUUCAUUUGGGCAUUGUGCAUGAACUUGUGGAACCUCUAAGAAGAUCUCAUCACAAAGUUCUUGCAGUUUCGCAAAACAGCAGACAAGAGAUUUUCAUAGUCCCCAAUGUUAAUAGUGGAGCAAGAACAGCAGUUCUGUAUACGUAGUAUAUGCUUAUCACAGAAUAGGAUAUCAUUGACAAUUUUAUGACUAUGAGAAUCGGAGCUGUUAAAUUGUUUUCUGUGAAGACAAAAAGAAUGCAAACCUAUAUUAUUAUACCGGUAAUAUGAAAGCAUAUGAUAUUUCUGUGCUCAUUUUCGACAUUAUUUGUAGAAAUUGUUUAUAUGGGUGGUUAAAAAAAGAGAUUUUUUUCUUCUUAUUGUCAAUGUCACUUAUUUUUUUUCUUGUUUUAUUUAUGUAUUUUAAACCACCCUAAUAAGAGACGUAAUAUGUUGACUAAAUUGUCUCUUAUUUAUAAGUGGUCUGACCAGUUUCACAAUGUUAAUUUCUGUGCCUAAUAUAAAUGUAUUGUCAACCAUCUUUAUGGAUUGGAAGUUGGCGACAUAGUGAAAUGCUUUCUUGACUUGCUUUAUGUUUAUGCUGGCACUAGCACAAGACCUCUGGCACUGUACAUUAAAAAGUCUCAAUUCAAUGACUAAAAUGGCAGUGUUUAAAGGGUUUGAGACCACUUAAAGCUUUAUGUCAUUUUAGUUUGAAUAUGUAUUGAUUGAUAUGAGUAUAUUUAGUGUCUAUUGUUGUUACUUUGCGUUGACAUGAUGUGAUAUACAUAUUGUUUAAUGAGGUAAAUCAUCAUUGUUUGGUUCACCGUUGUUAUAUGAAAGAAGAGAAUACAAUUCGAAAACUCA